AUGGCGGACUUCUUUGAAUUUGAAGAAUCGGAUAUUGUUUUUUCCGACGAAUCCUCCUCCGAUGAUCAAACUGUUCUUGAAGAUCAUUCAUCCAUAUCGAGAUCGUCUCGUCGUCGAAGCAAGAUCUCGAGGUGGAAGAAGGUGAAAAAGUGUUCUGUUCCAGUGAAUAUUCCGGCCCGUUCAAACUCUUCUUCUCCGUCUUCCUCGCCUCGUUACGAUGCAGUCGGGCAAUUUUUUGAUGAUGACAAUGGAAUGAUUCCUCCUCAUGUGAUUUUGGAUCGAAGAUCGAGUGGGUUUAAUGAUAGUUAUGACAAAAAUGCUAGAGUUAAGAAUUUGUUUCUUGUUCGGAAUUCCAUUCUCAAACUAACCGGUUUUCUUGAAUCUUAA